UUCCUGACUAAGGCUUCAAUCUUGCUACGCUAAUACAUUUUGUGAUGAAGCUUUACAUCGGUAUAGUUCUUAUUGCUGUGAAUUGCAGAAUGGCUUGGAGUGCGAUUCAACCUUGCCUCCGCGAUGACACUCCCAUUUGUGUUGUUCACGAAGAUUGCAGUUACACAUUGUACAACCGCUGCUUAUUAGACUUUCAUAAACAGAUUACAAUAAAUGAAAAUAAGCCACCUUUGAAAAAAGUUUUAUCUGGAUCUUGUCCCAAAGCUGCAAAAACGUGUCCCUACAGCACUUUUUUACCGGGCAUAACAUUUGAUUAAUGAUGAUGUUUUUUUAAUAUUAAAAAAUAAUAUAAAAUAAGAAAUAUUACAAGCAAA